AACAUCAUGGAAAAUCCACCUCUUCUCAGUCUUCCCAUUGAGCUACUUCUGAGGAUCCUUGACCACUACCUCUCCGAUCUACCCCGCCAUCGGCUCCAGGACCUCGUCCGCCUCUCCGCGGCAUGCAAGCGACUCCGACCUAUUGCACUAGAGCUCUUACUCACUCAACCCGUCGUACAUAUAUACAACGUCCAUGGCCUCGUCCGCAUGUACUUCGAAUACCCGGUCUUAGCCACCAAGGCGCGGACCGUUGAAGUGAGCACGCGUUUCCGUGAAGGCUGUCGGCCAGCCCAACCAGGUUCUAGAGGACUGUAUGGCGUUGAAGCACCUGUCGCAUUCGCUCCUGAGUUGGACAAACCGUUUAAGCAGAAGUGCAUCGAAGUCAUCACUGCCUUCAAUACGGCAGAGGCGAACAAGGAGCGGUGGACGCGUGAUCUCGACGAAGAUCACCAGCAUGCGUUCCUUGGUAUACUCUUUGCCAUACUCCCUAAUCUUCGUGGUCUAUUCGCAGGCUCGGCUCAGUUGGCAUACUUCCCUGUUUUCGGUAAGCUUUUUGGCCCGAACUAUGACUUAAAAGAAGAUCCGUACGUACGGGCAAACCGGGUCCCAUACCGACACACCGACUACCUUGAUGAUGUGUUCGCCGAACUUGCACCUAGACUACGAUAUCUCGAGCUCCCCUUCGACCGGGACAAUGACGACUAUGGCUACGCUCCCCCCGUAUCCAGCUUCGCGGCGUGCAAGGCUCUAUCCAACUUGUCACUCUCGAAAGAAGCUCUCGUGUACAUGUACGAGACGUACGACGGAUCGAGAACAAACGCAUCCCAGCCCUCAAAUUUCUUCCCCGCCAGUCUCGAGACCCUAGCCAUCACCAUAUGGGCUAAUGCCGGCUUCCUAACCCGGUUUCUUGACUUACUCGCGAACUCAAAGGCUUCUUUCCCGAAGUUGAGAAAGAUCAACUUCUAUCGCAACCGAGCGCGCAAUGAAGAAGAUGAGGAGGAAUACCCCGGUUCACACACAGGGAAUGAAGAGCUGGAGCAGCAGGCACUGGCCGUGAAAGACGUGGGGCUUGACGUCUCUAUUUACUCUCGGCCUAUUGCCUACUUUCAGGAAUUCUUGGAAGCACGCUUUGGUCCCUCUCUCGCGCCAACCAUAUCUGAGAUCAGAGCCUAUGAGUCUCGUGCCUGUUACGACGGCUUUUCAACUCUUCGGGAUCAAGCGGACGCAGAAAAGCGGCUGCGCCUCCAAGAGAGACGUGCCGACAUUUGGCACAGGCGAGAGGAAAUUGCUCGUGCACGGCUCGUGACUGGUGUGCCAUCUAUGACCACUACAUUAGAUUAAGCACAGGAGCCCGUCAGGGCUAGGAAGUUCCUUCCGCAGCACCCGCGCGAGAACUCCGGCAAGCUGGAAGAGCUACACGUUGAAAGAAUACCAUCACAACUUAUUUUCCGGCGUAGAAUGUAUUUUAGAGAGUAUAAGAGCGCGUUAAUAUAUUAUUAUAGAUAACGUUUCUAAUACUAGAUAGAAACAGAAGGG